CAAUCCAUCUUUUUCAAGUGAACCAAAAAUGGGUACAAUUCUUCAAUUUCGAUUCCGCUCGUCAGUUGGGUCGUUUGGCCCUUUCUUUCCCCUCAGCUCCCCAACUUUUCUCUCUCGAUUCACACCAGUUUCCGUCUCUUUCAACUCUAUCUCUUCGCCAAUCUUCCGCUCCGGUACCGUCGCUUUGAGAUCUCGGUCGAAAACCCGUCGGAAACACUGCCCAGUAGCAGUUAUGUUGUUUCCUGAAAAUCCGGUGGUCUCCGACAUCUGCGCCACCGCCUUGUCCGGCGUAGUCGCCUUAUCUUUGCUUCGAUUAUGGGCGGAAACGGCGAAACGUGGCCUCGACCAGAAAUUGAACAGGAAGCUUGUUCAUAUAAGCAUUGGGCUUGCUUUCAUGCUUUGCUGGCCUAUGUUCAGUUCUGGUUAUCGAGGAGCAAUAUUUGCGUCUCUAAUUCCCGGUGGUAAUAUAAUACGAAUGCUCGUCUUGGGAUUCGGAAUAUUGAAAGAUGAGGCUACGGUGAAGUCAAUGAGCAGAUAUGGAGACUACAGGGAGCUUUUGAAGGGGCCUUUGUAUUAUGUUGUAACAAUUACAUUAGUUUGUAUAUUCUACUGGAGGACGUCCCCCAUUUCAAUUGCUCUGAUAUGCAACUUAUGUGCCGGAGAUGGGUUUGCUGAUAUCAUUGGAAGGCGAUUUGGAAGUGAAAAGAUCUUUUACAACAAAAACAAGUCACUAGCUGGUAGUGUGGCAAUGGCAUCUGCUGGUUUUCUCGCAUCUGUUGGGUAUAUGUACUAUUUCUCAUUAUUUGGGUAUGUCGAGGGAAGCAACAGAAUGGUUUUGGGAUUCUUAAUUGUGUCCCUUGCCUCAGCAUUUGCGGAGUCUCUCCCCAUAAGCACUGAGAUUGAUGACAACCUCACUGUUCCACUCACUUCCUUGCUGGUAGGGAGCCUAGUUUUUUAGUAAUUGGGAGCCAGAAACACAAAGUUGCUACAACUAGAAGGAUAAGAAAUUGGGGAGGCCGCUCGGAAACGUCACAGGCAUGUGGCAACAACUUGGCUUUAUACAAUCUGAUUGGACACUGGGGUUUUCUUACAAAUCCUGCGUGAUAUGUAGUAUUAUCAUGUGGCUUGAAUGGAUUCUACUGAACCAGCUGAUAUUAUUAUUAGACAUUUAUAAUGACAUUCUAUUGAAGCCAUUUUUAUAAAAAUCCAUCUGAUUAUGUGAAA